GGAGAUGCUCUCUGGAAGCAGCUGGUGGUGAAAGGAGCGUGGCGGGCAAAGAUGAUUCAGGCGAUUCUGGUUUUCAAUAACCACGGGAAGCCGCGGCUAGUCCGCUUCUACCAGCGUUUCCCAGAAGAAAUUCAACAGCAGAUUAUUCGAGAGACCUUCCAUCUAGUUCUCAAGCGGGAUGACAACAUCUGUAACUUCUUGGAGGGUGGAAGUUUGAUUGGUGGCUCUGACUACAAACUGAUUUAUCGGCAUUAUGCUACCCUCUAUUUUGUAUUUUGUGUGGAUUCAUCAGAGAGUGAACUUGGGAUCUUGGACCUCAUCCAGGUUUUUGUGGAGACUCUGGAUAAGUGUUUCGAAAAUGUUUGUGAAUUGGAUUUGAUCUUCCAUAUGGAUAAGGUACACUACAUUCUUCAGGAGGUGGUGAUGGGUGGCAUGGUGUUGGAAACAAACAUGAAUGAAAUCGUGGCUCAGAUUGAAGCUCAGAACAAGCUGGAGAAAUCCGAGGGUGGCCUUUCAGCAGCGCCCGCCCGGGCCGUGUCCGCUGUGAAAAACAUCAACCUGCCGGAGAUGCCUCGGAAUAUCAGCAUUGGCGAUCUCAACAUCAAAGUCCCCAACCUGUCCCAGUUUGUCUGAGAGUGGAAGAUGGCUGAACUGAAUCCUUGGAACCAGCAAAGCUGAGCCAGUCCUGCAGCAAAACCCGCUCUGCGCCCUAGAGGAGUCCAGCCUCAGGCCGUGGCCCCUGCUAUCCCGAAGCGGGAAGGAGUCCUGUGUCCACUGGCAGCGUUUGUGCUUGCUUCUCACAUGUGCGGCCUUGCCCGUCUCUUGUACACACAGCCACUGCAGAUGUGAGGGGCCCUGGCUUCCUCAGUGGGUGUCAGGUGCCCAAGCCACUCGCCCCCUUUACCUGCCACGUGCAGCCACUCCCAGGGAUUGCAAACUGUAGUGAGAGGCCCCCCUGCUCCCAGAACCCCACCGCGAGGAUGUUCUCUGACGCGAGUCUUCAACCUUAGCACCACGUGGCUCCCUGAGGUCCUGUAGCAUUGACUUUCCUGGUGAGGUGCCAUAGCUGGAAAAGAGCUGACCCUCUAGAUUUGGGGAUGUGGUGAGUGGCAAACAAGGGCAGGAUGUUAUGAGAUCCAGAGUUGCCUACUGACUCUACUCGAGUUGGCACACCCAGAAUCCUUCUGUAGAGCCACGCUGUCUCAUCACCACCUCCUGCAGCAUACACUCCCCACUGCCACAGUCCUGGCCGUGCCCAGGUGUUUAUGUGCAGGACACAGUCCAAAUCAUAAGCCUGUUGUUUGCCUUCCCCCCACAUUUCUGCCAAUAGGGAGGACACCCCCCUCAGCCAGAGGGGUCCCCCUCAAAGGGGAGGGGCCCUGUGUCUGUAGAAAGCAAAGUUGACAACAUGGGGAACAUCUAAGAAUUAUGACUCUUCCAGGUUUAAAAUACAUUCUCCUUCCGAGGAGCAGACUGGUC